CUCGAACUCGAACACGAAUAACUUCCGGUAGAAGAGUUUAACUAACCUUUCUUACAUUUGCCGUGUUCGGUGGCACUAGGCUUGGUGUAAAGGUUUUAUUAAACAGUAAAAAUGGUUGCCCAAAAGAAACAGAAAAAGUCCCAGGAGGGUAUCAAUACCAGACUAGCUCUGGUUAUGAAAUCAGGAAAAUAUGUCCUAGGCUACAAGCAGACACUGAAAUCCCUUCGCCAAGGAAAAGCUAAAUUAGUCAUCAUUGCCAAUAACACUCCUCCAUUAAGGAAAUCAGAGAUAGAAUAUUAUGCUAUGCUGGCGAAGACUGGUGUACAUCAUUAUGUUGGAAACAAUAUAGAAUUGGGUACUGCUUGCGGAAAAUAUUUCCGAGUAUGUACCCUUUCUAUUACAGAUCCAGGAAAUUCUGAUAUUAUCAAAUCUAUGCCGCUUGGUGAACAACCAUAGAUAUAUAUUUUUUAUUUAAUAAAAUUUUAAAGAAAAA